CACACCAUUUGGAUCACUAUCAUCAAGAGUCCAUGGACUAUUUGCUAUAAUUACCUAGCCAACUUCUUAGCUGUGAUUGUGAUAACACAUUUAGCUAUAGAUAUCUAUAGACCUACCUGUUAGUGAACACCAAAACAUCGAUCGACACUGUACACCUCGACCCUUUUCGGUUCUGUCAAGAUUCCACAAUGACUAGAUCUAGAUCUAGCUAUAGCUCAUUGUUUGUGUUGACUCUAUUUGUGUCCAUUCUACUUCAUAGUGUGCUUGGUGCUGGUGAUGAUCCAACUCUAGAUAUCAAUCGGAAUGCUCCAAAAAGCAGAGGUAGCAGAUUUGCUUUGGCCUUCAUGAACAAUCAAGCUCGAACUCUAGCCAACACUCAACAGCAAAUCACUCUUUUCAUUACCACUGAACAGGAAAGCUCACGAUUCACCCUUGAGACACGAUGGUCGGGAGUUAAUGGCGAAAGAUUUAUUGAGACGUCUCCUGGAUCUGGGCUAUGGUCCCGCACUGAAAUCGCUCGACGUGGAGAAUUCACUUUCAUUAAUUUGCCCGCCGGAGCUAAUGGGGACGAAGACAUAGCCAUUCAAGAUAAUGGAGAUGAUAAUAUAGCUGACAGGCAAAAAGGUGUGAUUAUAACUUCAGAAAAUGAAAGCGAUGAGCUCACCAUAUACGUUCUUAGUGAUGAAUUGGUCUCCACUGAUGCGUACAUGGCUAUUAACUGUGUCGAAUUUUCAAGUGCGAGAGAUUACAGGUACUUUAUCUUCUCAUCUGACGUGAGUGGUGGAGAAACAUUUCGGAGUCGAUUUCUCUUUACUCCUUGUGAAGAUAACACUACUGUCAGCGUACAACCUUCUCAAGUCAUGACUCAUCCUAAUUGGGUAGAAUCAAGUGUUUCCAACACAAUUGCUCGAGUUGAAGUAACUUAUGGGAGGCGAUUCAAUCGCUUUGACACUGUAAUGCUUAGCCAUAUGAACGAUCUUACCGGCUCUAUCAUUACUUCUAACAAGCCACUGUCCGUCAUUGCUGGACAUCAAUGUGGAGCUCCAACUAAUGAUGGAACUUGUGACUAUCUUGUCGAACAAUUGCCACCUCAUCCAACAUACGGUGACCUGUUUUUCAUGGCUCCCUUUGCUGUCAGACAAAGCGGUGAACUGUACAGAAUUGGCUCAGUUACUGCUGGAGCUCAAGUAUCAAUCAAUUGUCAGUGUGCAUCAAGUUCAGCUGAUGGAAGUAAUCGAGUUGCACUGGUUAGCUCUGGAGAUGGUGUUUACACUGCCACAGUGGGCGUAGGACAAUACGUUGAGUGUCGAACUCCAGCAAAUGCUCAGACCUACUGCUGUGUUACAUCCACUCAACCAAUUACUAUGGCUGGUUACACACUUGGAAGCAGGAUUGAUAGCCUUCAUAAUAUAGUGAAUCCACCACUUCCUUUCAAUCCGAUUGCUGAUCCCGCCAUGAUUUACAUACCACCAGCAAAGUCCUAUUUGAACAACUACAGUUUUAGUACAGCCCAGAAUUUAUCUACUGAGUUCCAGGGAUUUCUAAGUUACAUUUUGCUGUCACAAAUCUUUGAUAAUUCUGAAGGAGAUCGGCAGAGGUUUCGUAUAAAUGGAGAAACGUACAUUCCUGACCAAUACGAGGCCAUCAACUGUCGUGUGGGUGGUACAAAUCAGGUGUGUGCGUAUGGAGCUACCAAAUUCAUGGGUCAAGGAAAUUUUGACAUUUCUUACGAAAGUACUUCUACGGGUGCAUUCUGGGGAUUUGCAUACGGCUACGCUCGAGAAGCUUCAUUUGCUUAUCCUUUGCCAUUUGAAAUGGAACCAAUUGGAUUGGCUUGGAUUCAAGCAGUGGAUCAAGUGGUAGUUGAAUCUCUUGGAAUUGUGGAUCUCGAGUUCAGUAUUACCCGUGGUGAUCAAUCACUUCGUAGUAGAGCAUAUGCUGUCACUCAAGACCUCUCAGCUGAAGCAGAUUCUGACUACACAACUACUGGUCUACGACCUGGGGAGGGAAAUAGCAAUUUGCGAUGGAGAAGAGCUGCAAUAUUUCCUAACAAUCGAUUCAUAGUUUCUAUUUUAGUUGAUAGCAUUCCAGAGCCUGUGGAAGUGGUGGAGGUGGUUGUGGCAUGCGAUGGAAAUGAGAACUGCUACCUGCCAAGAACUCGGUACACCAUAACCAUUAUUGAUGAUGAAGGUGCUUGUGCCGACCUACCUGCCUUUCCUAAUGGCUCCAUCUCGUAUGACUUUAGGAUCUUCACAGAGAUUGGUGGCCGACCAUACGGAACAGUUGCCACGUACGAGUGUGAUGAUAAACGUAUAUUGGUUGAACCAACAAGGACUUGUGUCAAUGGAGAAUGGACUGGAAGAGAACCAUCCUCCUGUGAGAUACCCCCCCAAAGAGUUGAGAUCAUGUUCAGUGUGGCUGUGUUCUCGUUCAGUGAGAGUGAUGGACAAGGCUUUGUGGAAAUAGUGGCAGACAUGGCUCCCUCUCAGAGCUUUGAUUUUGUAGUCACUGGAAGUCCCAACACUCAAGACUUUGUGAUUACAUCAGCAGCUGGUCUUCCUGGUCAGGUGACAUUCCCCGCUGACCAGACGUCAGUCAGAGUGUCUUUCAACAUCACUAACGAUGAGAUUAGUGUAGAGAAUCUGGAGAGCUAUUUGGCAACUCUCUCUCUCACCGCCGGAACUAUUGCUGCUGGAGUAUCUUUGGGAGCUCUAACUCAAGCCACUGUGCAAAUUAUGGAUGAUGACGAUGUCAGUGUGAGCGUGGGUCAGACGACAUACAAUGUUCAAGAAUCUGACGGCUCAGUGACUCUCUCCUAUGUGCUUAACCGAGAAGCUGUCAGAGAUGUGUCAUUUGAUGUAAUCAACGUUGACGGAACAGCCAUUGGUGGUGGUGUCGAUUACAGCUCUGCUGGCUACUCUCUGACCAUUCCUGCCCGUGAAACGAAUGUGUCGAGAAGUAUUUCCAUAACGAUGGAUGGCAUAGCAGGAGAGGAAAAUGAGACUUUUAUAAACAGAGUCAGCACCAUUAAUACAGCUAACGUUGGUGCAGGUGCUUCUGAUGCCACGGUGACCAUUGAGGACUCAGAUGAGGCUAGAGUCAUGUUUGGGUCUUCAACAUACAACUUUGUUGAGAGUGAUGGCACUGCCACUAUCCAAGUGAUUAUUUCAGUACCUGUUCCUGCCAGUUUUGAGUUCAGUGUAACUGGAGAUCGAAGCAUUCAGCAGUCUGUACAAAACUCUGGUGGGUUCAUCUCUGUGACUGAAGUGUUUCCUGAGGGAGCAAGUUCUUUUGACAUCACUUUCUCGCUGACUGACGAUAAUGUAACUCUGGAGGUUGUGGAGACGCUUAUUGCCAGUCUAAGACUUACCAACCCACACCCUGGCAUUGUUUUGGGCAGCCCAUAUCAAGCUUUUAUCAACAUACAAGAUGAUGAUGUGUUUGUAGUCGGUUUUGAUCGGGAUAGCUUCUCGGUUCAAGAGAAUGAACAAUUCGCCUUCCUCACUAUCACCAGUACUCCAGCUGUACGUCCUUUCACCCUGUCUGUAGGCACCAUUAACGGCAACGGAACUGCAACUGGUGGCUCAGACUUUGAACACAAAGUACUGAAUACUACUAUUUCUGGAGGAACCAGAUUUACAUUCAUCGUGACCAUACUCGACGAUAGUAUUGUUGAAGGAAAUGAGACAAUAGUGGCGUUUAUUUCUUCGUCAGAUGUCAGUGUUGACGGUCCAGGAUUGGAGGAAAGUACGGUCAUUAUUGUGGAUAAUGACGUUGUUGAAUGUCCUCCCCUACAACCCAUUAAGAAUGGGUUUGUAACAUAUAAUAAGCCUGGUGGCUUACCGAAGUAUUCUCUGGGAACCUUGGCUACAUACUCAUGCAACAAAGGGUUUAUCUUUGAUAGGUCUACAGAAAUUACGAAAAGAACAUGUACGGAAGAUAUCGGGAUUAUUGGAGUGUGGAAUGGCCUUCAACCUUUUUGUGUUUCUGGUUGUGACGCGGAGGUGUACCAGAACUAUUCUUGGUCAAACACGGCACUAGGAUCUACUGCUCUGUCACCUUGUCCAUGUGUAGAAAUAUUAGGUGUGUUUGCAGGAAAGGUCAGCAGACAGUGCUCUGGAUCAAUUAGUAAGGGAGGUAUGUGGAAGGAUGUGAUUGACGUCUGUGAGACUACAAAUUCAGGCGUAUCCCGAGAAUUGUGCAACAUUGCACUAGAUCUAGGACUUUCAUCGAAUAAGACAACUCAAGCGUCCAAUCAGAUUGCCAACAUCACAUCUAAACCACAAAAUCUGACUGCAAGUCAAAUCACCCUGCUUACAAGAAUAGUAGAGCAAGUAGCAGAAGAAGCUGCUGCUAACGAAGAGGUGAGAGACGGCUAUCUUCAAACAAUCAACAAUAUUCAGAAUGUUGAUGCUGAUGUCAUCUAUGAGAGUCAGCUUGCAAUGAAUUCAUCAACGAGGAUUCUUGCAAGCGUCGAAACAUUUCUGGACAAUCUCAAUACUUCCACUGUUUCAAACUCCACAAGCAAUCAAACUGUUCUCAGCUUCGAAACAUUUGCUAUGACAGUGCAAGAUUUAGACCCUGACAGUUUCCAGGGCCAGACAUUUGUUGUUGAUUUAGGACCUGUAGACGAAGAAAUGAACAACACUGGCGUUAUUGACCAAGACGCUCUGAUGACAUUCAAUGAUGGUAAUGGUGACACAAGUGAUAACAGAUCAGAGACAGGCUCUCCUAAUAAAGAUGCUGAAAACUCAACAGCCUCUGUGCAUUUAAACCCUUCUUUGUUCGAAGAUUGCCUUACAACGAAUGGUACCUUGCUGAUGCAGAGAUUAAGUUACUCUGUUUUCUUGUCUGAUGUGCUUUUCCUUCCUGAGAACAGAAGUACUAAUCAGGUGGGAUCUAUUGUGGUGGCUGCAAGACUAGCUUGUCUGCAGACCAACAAGACAAUGCUCUCAGUACCAGUACGGACAAGCUUUCUGAUUAGAAUGACGGAUAAUGUCACUAACAGCAGCUGUGCCCUGUAUAGAACUCAAGAUCGGUUUGGAGCUUGGGACACUGCUGGAUGUAGAGAGAUAACCAGUUCCAAUGGGAGAAAAGAUUGCGAGUGCAGACAAUUGGGCCACUUUGGAAUACUCUUUGAUUUGAAUCCAACUUCAUUGCCAGAAAAUCUUUCCAUCACUCUGAGUAUCAUCACAUACAUUGGCCUGGGCUUGUCUGUAAUCUGUCUUCUAGUGUUCAUAUUCACCAUUUUUAUCAGCAAGGAGCUACUCGUUGAUAAGCAGAACCAAAUCCUCAUCAACAUGAGCAUUUCUCUGAUAUGCCUGUACUUCACCUUCCUCAUUGGAGGGUUCACUGUUGGUGUCCCACCUCUCUGUGGGGUCAUGUCUGCCCUCCUGCAGUACUUCUUCCUAGUGUUCUUCUCCUGGAUGGCUGUAGAAGCUGUCUGGCUCUAUAUCAAACUGGUAAUGGUAAUGGGGUCUGAUUCCCUCACCUCCAAGUUUAUGCUGAAGGCAGGACUCCCAGCUUGGUUAUUCCCCUUGGUGAUAGUAGCUAUCAGUACUGGAGUAGGCUACCAGUACUACAGCAACCCAUACUACUGUCGUCCUACUGAAUGGCCUUUCUAUUUCGGAUUCAUUUUUCCUUUUGUCAUCAUCUACCUACUCAACUGGAUUGUGUUUGUUGCCAUCAUGGUGUCAAUUUGUAAGCAUUUUGCCAAUGGUAACCUCUCACCACUAAAAGACAGCUCCUCACGUCAACAGUUCAGGAAUUUUCAGAAGAACUUGAUCAUUGCAAUGUGCCUAUCAGUUGUACUUGGCCUGGGUUGGGGCCUUGGACUUGUAUCAACAAGCUCAGGCCUUGUGGAGCUGUCAUUCAUAUUCCAAGUGAUAUUCUCGAUUUUUGUGGGCUUUCAAGGUGUGCUAAUUUUUUUCUUUUACGGUCUCCGAAGCACUGAUUUCCGCCAAACGUGGACAAAACUAUUUAAUGGCUGUAAAUCAAACACUGAUAACUUUGUGCCUUUUGAGAAAGGAAUCACUAAUACACGAGAUAUGUUUAGCCCCACUGCAGGAGUGGAGUUAUUGAACGUAAAAACAUUGCCGAGCAAGCAGCACUCCCCACACAAUGAAGAGAAAGAACUAAAGGAGCCCAAGUUGAAUUUAUAGCUGCUUAACUGCAUUGUCAUUUUCUUUUGAGAGUUGAGACCUUUUUGCAUUUUGUUAUCACGACUAAAUUAACAAACUGGAAUGUUACAUUGUUUUAUAGUA